CAAUUAUUAAACGUUGAACAACGACAACACAGUUUAGGAAAACUUUAGAAAGAUUUUGUAAAACAUCGAAAUAUCAGGCGUUUUCUCCAGAGAGGUAAGAAACUAAGUCAUUUAUAGACAUCAUUUAUGGGUAUAAACUUUUUUAUUUUUAGUUAUACAAAAUUGAGAAAUUGUUUAGACAUGUUAAUCUUUGCUGGUAUUUAUUUGAAACAAAUUUUCAACAAUAUUAUAUAAAUUAUACUUUAAAAAUAAGUCUGCAGAAAUAGUAAUUUAACUAAAAUACGAAGUGGUUGAUCUUUUUGAUUUUGGUGACUUAUGUAACUCCUUCCUUGACAAGUUUUAUUUGCUCGUGUGUACGACAUAAAAUUGACAAUUAUUCCUUGACAAAGAGUCUUGUUCCAAAGCUGUAGUCGUGCCAGUUUUUGGACAAGGAAAAUUUGUUCGUGCGUACGAUGGAAAUGAACUUGACAAGUGUACAGGACUAUUGUAUAAGACAACUUGACAAGUGUAUAAUAUACUUCUAAUAUCAGGGUUCGUACAUGUCAGGAAGAGUCAAAUUCAAGGACUUUUCAAGGCCAUGUAUCAACAAAUUCAAGGACUAAAUACUGAAGGCGUUAGAAAUCAGCAAAAUCUGACGUUGAAUUGUUCAAAACGUAACUUUAUAAUGAGGUCGGAUAUGAACAUGCACAAUCAGUUCAACAAAAUGUCCGUCUUGAAUGUCAAACAAUUUCAGAAAAUAUCCAAAAACUAAAGCAAGAAGAAUUCAAGGACAUUCAAGUACUUCUUUACAAAUUCAAAGGCAUUCAAGGCCUUGAAUUUUUGUUUUCAAAUUCAAGGACAUUCAAGGACUUUCAAGUUUUGUACGAACCCUGUUCUAUGGUUUUGGCAAGGCGGGCUUGACAUGAGAUAAAUGUUUAACAACAUUCGGUGCACACGAGCAACAAAACUUGUCAACAAGAUCGUCGGUACGGGGCUUUGCUGUCUAACGCCAGACGAUUUCAGCCUCUCGGCACGAACGUCCUCAAAUGAGAGUUAUUACAUAUGAAGGAUCUCUAGAUGGGAGUUAUCACAUAUGAAGGAUACUAACAAAGUUCAUGUAAAAAUCUAAUCAAUCGUACAGAGUAACGUUUGACUUUGAGUCAAGACAUGAUUGACAGAAUCCGCAAUUUAUAAUGUAGAGACGUUCUGAUUUGUAAUUAAGAACUAUGACUUAUCAACAAGAUAAGUACUAAUUGAAUGCAAUUAAUGUUAAGAAGUAUAGUAAUUAUACAUUUUUUAAUUAAAUACCUGAUAAUUGUUGGAAACAAAUUGGGGUAAACUAUAAUUAUUUUCUGAAAGUAACCAGCAACUAAACACUGUUUUUACUUUGAAGUUGAAGUCCUGGUCAAAAUAGGAUGAGAGUUUCAACUCGCGCGCACGUUUGAUCAACAACUUUCAUCAACUCUCAUUAACUUUGAACAGGUUCAUAUUUUGAUCAGAAUAGACCUUUCCCCUUAUGAGUGAAAUUUUGAUCUAAACAAGUUUAGACAAAACUUUCAUCACAGCUUGAAAGAGCAUCACAAAAUUAGUAAUAUUCCAAAGUUUCGUUGCAAAAUGUUGUAAAAUGCGGAUAAUAUAGCCUUGCGAGGUUUGCCGUUUUUCAGUCAUUUGGCAUUACAAUCUAACAUUUUGCAUCAGUUUGAUCAUCUGAUUAUCAAUUUCCCGUUUGUAAUACCAAAUGACUGAAAAACGGCAAACUUCGCAAGACUAUAUUAUCCGCAUUUUACAACAUUUCACAAUGAAACUUCGGAAUAUUACUAAUUUUGUGACGCUCUUUCAAGCUGUGAUGAAAUUUUUGUCCAGACUUGUCUAGAUCAAAAUUUCACUUAAAAGGGGAAAAGUCUGUUGAUGGGCUUCGGUCGGGGCUUUGUUCUUUCACAGGAACCAGGAUUAAUAUCAAGACGUGAAUGCCAAGCUAUUUUUAUUUAUUUACCUUUCAUGUGGCCAAUUCAUGCGGCCAGGUAGCAGAUCUUCUUAAUUUUAUUUCGGCUAACGCCUGAAGAUUUUACACGUCAAUUGAAGAAUCCCCCUAUAGAGAUGAACACAAAAAUGGUUAACUACUGAUGUGGUCAUCAUUACCUUAGCACUAUCGUACAGGAGAUCGUUCUCACACGAUGAUGUUAAUUAUUUUCAUUAUAAGUAGAAAUCUUGUAUUUGGAGGAAAAUAAAUAGAACGAAGAGAUGCAGUUUACUUUGUACCUAAAAAUGUCAAUAGUUCUGAAAUUGACCACCAGCUACUUAAAUCUUACUGAAACAAUACAUGUAUUUUCAAAGUACUUGACAAAAAAAAGCUUUCUACUUGAUAAUAGUCUGCUUAUGCCUUGCUAAAACCUGGCACAAGGUAUUGCAAUAAACAGAUAGAUAGAUAGAUUGGUUUUAUUAAGACAACAUAUUGCAGUUUUUAAAAACUGAAUUGCGUGUUACUUCACAAAUUAAUUAAUUUGACUAAAGUAUAAGUUAUUUUACAAAAUGGAUGAAAAAGUUAAAAAUUUCUAAAACAGUUAUUUUGUUAAGAAAAUUCUUUAAGACAAGCUGGAAUAAAAGUUUUAUAAAAUCUGUGUGUGUGUGUGUUCGCUUUGGGUAUUUGGAAGUCUGUUAGCUUUGGGAAUUUUCCUCAGUUCAUAAUUUGGGGAAAGACGAUGUUUUUCUAGUUGGCAAUUUUUUUCAAUGUCGCGUAUAUUUGCGAUAAAAAAUUUCAAAUUUAAAAUCAUUUUGGCGUUCGUUCCAAAAUUAGUUUGGUUUAGCUUUAUUUUGUAGUUUGCACAGUUAGCAACCUUUUGGCAAUGUAUCUGGCGGUUGAGAAACACAAAAUAAUAAUUAAAUAUUGUCAAUUUAAAUAGAAUCAUCAUUGAUGCUGUAAAAUUGACACCAUAUUUAUACAGCAAUAUAUAAGCAAAACUUACUGAUGACUAAAACAAAAUGACUGAAAAACGGCAACCUUCGCAGAGCUAUAUUAUCCGCAUUUUACAACAUUUGGCAACGAAACGUCGGAAUAUUACUAAUUUUGUGAUGCUCUUUCAAGCUGUGAUGAAAUAUUUGUCUAGACUUGUCUAGAUCAAAAUUUUGUAUUUUAGGGAAUAGGUCCAUUAACUCUAAUCUUUCCCUGUAGACACAUACUGGAGGAAAAAGCCACAUAGACAUGCGGCGUUACCUACUUACUCUCUGCCUGUGUUUUGCUCUCAUCUCACUGGCACAGAGCGCUGCUUUGAGCAGAGAAAAACGAGAGAUUCGCGAAGAUGAGGAUGGAGUUAAUGUAGAAGUAAUUAACGACGAAAAGGCUGACGAAGCCAUGGCGGAGGCUCGCGUUUCCGAGACGGACUCUUCCGAAGAUGAGUCGAGCACCACCGAAGAGGAUUCGAGUGCUUCUGAAGACAAGUCCAGCGCUUCCAAAGACGAGUCUAGUACUCCCGAAGAUGACUCGAGCACUUCCAAAGAUGAGUCUAGUACUCCCGAAGAUGACUCGACCACUUCCAAAGACGAGUCUAGUACUACCGAAGAUGACUCGAGCACUUCCGAAAACGAGAAGAACACCCACGAAGAUGGGUCGGAAAGUCACGAAGAUGAGUCGAAUGUUCAUGAAGACAAGUCAAACGCUCACGAAGACGAGUCAAACACUCACGAAGACGAGUCAAAUGCUGCGGUUGACGAGUCGAAUGCUCACGAUAAUGAGGCGGACUCUUCCGAAGAUAACUCGGAAAUGGCAGAAAAGCGUACGGCAAAGGACAGCAAGGAUACAAAGAAGAGAUGGUUUGGUUGGGGACAUGGUUUUGGUGAUCCGGCUUAUGGUCGUGGCUUCCCAUUUGGUCUUGGUCUCUUUGGACCGUGGUACGGGGCUGGGUCCACAGGUAUUGGUCCAGUCUGGGGUCAUGACCAUUUCCCUCACUAUAAAUCCAAAGUGCCCAAAGGCUCUAAGAAGGCGAGCGCUAAACAUGGGAUCUUUUACGCAGGAUACGGGGGAUGGAUUCCGUGGGGAGGUUUCCCCUGGGUGAACAGUUUCCCUUGGGGUUGGGGAGGGUUUGGUCACCCUCUCUACCGGAAUAAAGUCCCUAAAGGUAAAGGUAAUGAUAAACGCCAUUUCGGGUUUGGGGCCUACUCUGGGUUGGGGUUGGGUUACCAUGGCGGAUUCCCACAUGGAGGGUUCCCUCAUGGAGGGUUCCCUUAUGGGUAUAUCCCCUGGAAUUCUGGAUGGGGUGCGCAUGUUCCUGGUUGGUUUUAUCGCAAUGAUGUUCCUAAAAAUGGAAAAUCAAAGGAUUCUGCCAACAAAAGAUCUCUAUGGGGAAUGCCGUUGAGCGAUUCAUCCGGCCAGUACCCUGGCUGGCUGCCUAGCAACUUUGGGGUAGGUGCCGGUGCCGGCUGGCCAGGCUGGGGUGGGUUCUGGGCCCGAAACCAGAUCCCAGGUAGUACCAAAAAGUGGUAUAUCCCUAUUGGUGUUGGUUAUGGUCAUGGGUUUGGUGUGGUGUUUCCGGGUUAUCCCUUCAGCUCGCCUCUCAAAGGUUGGGAUUUAGGCAUGCCAGGGCGGCCAUCGGCUUCUCAGCAGAUCAGGAAUUCCCCUUUGAAAAGAGCCGAUGUGAGUAAACGGUUCUUUGGUUUUGGUGGUCUAGGGUUAGGAUGUGGGUUAGGCGGUUAUGGCUGUGGUUACCCUGGCCUCUUGGGUGUUGGUUUAGGGUAUGGCUUGGGAUCGUGUUGGCACGGGCAGUGUGGUGGUCCCUACGCACCACUGAGUUUGGGGAAUUGGGCGGGUGAUUUGGGAUGUGGGGGAUGUACGUGGGCAUAUAAGAACAAAAUUGAUAAAAAUGGCAAAACGAAACGAGAUCUCGUGUUUGUAUGUAAGAAAGAUCAAGAUGGAAAGAAGGCGAAACGGUGCUUCGGAGGAAUGCCCGGUUAUGGAGGAUGGGGUGGUUUGGGUGGGUUUGGGGGUGUAGGACUCCUCGGUGGUUUCGGUGGGCCACAUGGUUACGGGGGGUGGGGGUACAAUUCCCUUCAUGAUGGUUUCGGCGGUUUCAGUCAUGGUGGGUACCCUGAUUGGGCAUCGUUUGGGGGUCACGGGGGUCUAGGGUGUGGUGGGUGUGGCUGGGCCUAUAAAAGCAAAGUGGGGAAGGAUGGAAAAUCGAAACGAGAACUAGUGUAUGCAUGCGAUAAAAACAAGAAAAAUAAGAAGCGAUGUUUCGGGUUAUGGGGUGGUUCCGGGUUAGGACACGGUCUUGGGGGAUGGGGACACGGUCUUGGGGGAUGGGGUCAUGGUUUUGGGGGAUGGGGUGGUCUAGGCGGAUGGGGACACGGUCUGGGCGGAUGGGGUCAUGGUGUUGGGGGAUGGGGCCAUGGGUUAUUUGGUGACGGGUCACAUGGGCAUGGGUUAGGUCUAGGGUGUGGUGGGUGUGGCUGGGCCUAUAAAAGCAAGGUGGGGAAGGAUGGAAAAUCGAAACGAGAACUAGUGUAUGCAUGCGAUAAAAACAAGAAAAAUAAGAAGCGAUGUUUCGGGUUAUUGGGUGGUUACGGGUUAGGGCAAGGUCUUGGGGGAUGGGGACACGGUCUGGGGGGAUGGGGUCAUGGUUUGGGGGGAUGGGGUGGUCUAGGCGGAUGGGGACACGGUCUGGGCGGAUGGGGUCAUGGUCUUGGGGGAUGGGGCCAUGGGUUAUUUGGUGACGGGUUACAUGGGAAUGGGUUAGGUCUUGGAUGUGGUGGGUGCGGUUAUGCCUAUAAGUCGAAAAUCGGCAAAGACGGCAAGGCGAAACCUGAAUUAGUUUACGCGUGCGACAAAAAUAAAAAUAAUGCGAAACGAUGUUAUGGUGGGUUAGCUGGAUUCGGGUUAGGCUCUCCCUGGGGUUGGGGUGGACAUGGGCUAGGCGGACUUGGAUUAGGGGGUUGGGGCCAUGGCUUGUAUGGUGGCGGAUUUGGACAUGGUAUUGGGUUGGGUCACGGAUAUGGGUUUGGUCACGGGUAUGGGUUAGGUCACGGGUUAGGGUUGGGUCACGGGUUAGGUCUUGGCUGUGGUGGGUGCGGAUAUGCAUACAAGUCUAAAGUGGACAAAAAUGGAAAAACGAAAAAGGAGCUUGUGUAUGCAUGCGACAAAGACAAGAAUAAUGCCAAGAGAUGUUUCGGUGGUUAUGGAGGUGGUUUCGGUUGGGGUUACCCUGGCUGGGGUUGGGGAGGUCUAGGGGGUGGACUAGGAUUUGGAUUAGGGGGGUUGGGUCACUCAGGGCUCUAUCAUGAAGCUAUCUUUGCCCACGGUGCACACGGGGGUCUCGGAUGUGGGGGAUGUGGAUGGGCAUAUAAGUCGAAGGUUGGAAAAGACGGGAAGUCUAAACGAGAGUUGGUUUAUGCCUGUGAUAAGAAUAAGGGCAAUGCUAAAAGAUGUUUUGGUCAGUGGGGUGGGUAUGGUGGCCCCCUUAACUGGGGUAGUCCUGUGUAUGGUAUAGGUACAGGGUGGGGUCAUGGAUUAGGAGGGUGGGGUCAUGGAUUAGGUGGAUGGGGUCAUGGAUUAGGAGGGUGGGGCCAUGGUUUAGGUCAUGGUUUAGGGUUGGGAUUACAUGGUGAUGGACACCACGGGUUAGGCUUGGGGUGCGGGGGAUGUGGCUGGGCUUACAAAUCAAAGCUUGGCAAGGAUGGUAAGACAAAGCGCAACCUGGUCUAUGCUUGUGAUAAAAACAAGAAGAAUGUGAAGCGUUGUGGUUUCGGGAUGUGGGGAGGUUUGGGACAUGGGUUUGGAGGUUUUGGCCAUGGGCAUGGAGUAGCGAGUCAUGGGUAUGAUGUAGGUUAUCCCUACUUUGGAUAUGGGUGUCUUGGUUGUGGAUUUGGAGGGUGUGGUGGUGGUGGUGGUGGAGGUGGGUGCGGCGGAUUUGGAGGAGGGUGUGGUGGAGGUGGGUGUGGCGGAUUUGGAGGAGGGUGUGGUGGAGGUGGGUGUGGUGGAUUUGGAGGUGGGUGUGGAGGAUUUGGAGGUGGGUGUGGUGGAUUUGGAGGUGGGUGUGGGGGAGGUGGGUGUGGAGGUUUUGGGGGCUGUGGGGGCUUUUACAGAUCAAAAGUUGAUAAGAAUGGUAAAACUAAACGAGAAUUUGUUUACGACUGCCCUAAGAAGGAGGAGGGGGCUAGUAAGAGGUUUGUAAGUCCAUUUGCGAUCGGUGGUUAUGGCGAAUGGCCCUAUGGUGGGAUGUCGAUGCAUGGGUUCUAUGACUAUGGGUCCGCACCUCUGGCUAGGACUGCAAUGGGAUUCGGGCCAGGAAGGGGAGUGGGUGUUGAUUGCAGUGGUUGCGGAUGGGCUCAGAAAUCCACGAUAACCAAAGAAGGAAAGACAAAGAGGAAUAUGGUGUACAAGUGCAACAAGAAGGCGGCAAAGAAGCAUGGAUGUUUUGCAGACCUUCACGCAUUCUGGGAUGGGCUCCAUCACUGGGGCUGGGGUGGCCUGGGACAUGGAGGAUUUGGAUUUGGGGGAUGUGGUGGAGGAGGUUGUGGUGGUUUUGGUGGGGGCUGUGGUGGUUUUGGUGGAGGCUGUGGUGGUUUUGGUGGAGGCUGUGGUGGUUUCGGUGGGGGCUGUGGUGGGGGAUUUGGAGGAGGUUGUGGUCUAGGAGGGGGUUGUGGUGAAGGAUUUGGCCAUGGGGGCUGUGGAUGGUAUUAUCGUAAUAAGAUUUCAAAGGAAAGUGGAAAGACGAAACGUGAAUUGGUCUAUGCCUGUCCAAACGUCAAAGAUGACAAGGCUUCGAAAGAUGACAAGGCCUCUAAGAAACAUUUUGGUUUCGAGGCACUAGGAGGGUAUGGUUUGCCACUAGGCAGAGGGUAUGGUUUGCCACUAGGCCUAGGGUACGGUUUGCCACUUGGAUGGGGCUUAAGUUACCCAUUUGCUGGAUAUGGAUUAGGCCUACCCUUAGGUCUCGGCUAUGGCCUACCAGGAUGCUAUUACAGAUCCAAGGUCAGCAAAGGGGGUAAGGCUUCCAAGCGUCAUAUCUGUGAUAGCCCUAUUGCACAUGCUCCAUUUGCAGGUCUGCGUAACCGGUUUAAUGCCGGUUUUGGGCCAUAUGCCCGUGGACCGUGGUGGAAUGGUUAUGCCGUAGGGUUAUAUCCAGGCCUCGGCCCAUACAGUUUUGGUGUAGUGAGUAAAUCUAAGGUUGAGAAGGGUAAGGCGUCAAAGAAAUGUGGGAUUGGUGGCUGUGGCGGUGGGUUGGGCCUCGGUUGGGGUGGUUACCAAGGACCAUCUGGUACAGAAUGGGGUUACCCGGGGUCUGGUUUUGGGACCUACCCUCCCCGCUUCCCGUGGAUGAAAACAUUCCCCUGGGCGAGAUCCAAGAUCGGUAAAGAUGAGAAGGGCGAUAAACGUGGCGAUAUCCCAACCAAGAAACAGACCAUCCAUUUAGGGUACGGUUAUGCCAGUGGGGAUAACUAUCGGUUAGGCUUUGGGUUUGGUGGGAUGGGUGGGUUAGAUCCCUUCCAGACACUAGGAUCGCAUGUCGGUGAUGCUCCUGGGGGACCCGGAGCCCAGCAUGUGUUUGGAAGAUCCCAUGUUCCUCGUCAGGUGAUUGGUUUCCCAGGUCAUGGUCACUUGGGUGGUCAUUUGGGUGGUCAUUUGGGAGGUCAUUUGGGAGGACAUGGUCUUGGCCCUGGCUACCCAGGACCUGGUGGUCAUCCAGUCACACAUCCUGGAUUCUCUACCAUGGGAUACCCAGGUCACGCCAUUGCAACAGUCGACGUAAAGAAGGUAAAGUUUAAAAUCACAACUUAGUGUGCAUUUUGUUGGGUUAGGUUGAGUUUCAUCCUCAUGGAAAUUGACCCAAGAUUUCAAAGGAAUUUCUACUUAUGAAUGGGGGCCAAUAAGUUUAGACCAGCUUGCAGUGCCGUAGCCAGAAUGAUAAUUGGGGGGGGGGGGGCAAAUAUUCAUAUAUCCGUGUUGCAAAAAGAGUGGUCAAAAAGUGUAUAAUUGAUACAUUACUAGUGCACAGUAUCAGUGACUACCAGUACUGUGAUGAUUGAGCAUCUCAGCUAUUCGUAAUAAGUUUAUAUUAACUUGAUCAUAUGUAUUUAUAGCCUGUGGGUGUGAUUAAGUUGUUGUUGUGCUUAUGGCGUGUGCAUAGUAUUAAACAUUACAAGUGCCAACUGAGUGUGAUAUAAGAAGAGAUUAUUUCGCUGGCCUCAGAGUGACAAAACGUAACAAAGUAACGGUUUUACUAACACUAACCCUAUUCCAAACACCAACUCUAACCCUAACCUAGCUUAAUCCUUACCCUAACCUAACCCUAUGCCAAAUUUGUUUCUAAACCAAUCUUGAAGAAAUGUCAUUCUGAGGUCAGCAAAAUAGUAUCUGUGAAUAUAUUGGUCUUGUGAGUCAUUGUUAAAGUACACAAAUGACAAGUUGGGAUAGGACUUGGCUGUUCUUAUAUCACUAGUCAUAGACAACCAUUGCUAUUAAUAUAAUUAUGAACAUUAUGCACACACAUUGUAUAUAACAAGAAAUCAAAUUGUGAAUUGCUUAGGGUAAAGUUCCAACUGAUGUUUCAUCUUCAAAGAGACAACUUCAUGGACCUCUUGCCGGCCAUGUUGGCCAUCCUGACGCACUACUUGCUCAUGGUCCUGGAGGAAUGUUGCCUGGCCAUGGACCAGGACUGUUGGGAGCUGGAAUGCUAGGACAUGGUGCAGGACUGUUGGGACACGGUGCUGGGCCACUUGGACAUGGUCCUGGAUUCUUGGGAGGUCAUGCCGGACCCCUUGGAGGACAUGGUCAUUUCGGUGGACACCCCGUCACCCACCCUGGGUUUUCAACUUUAGGAUACCCUGGUCACGCAAUGGCGACACUUGAUAUUAAAGUAAGUCUAACCACAGUUGAUGGUAUAAUUAGUUUUAUUGGCAACCUGCAUCUGAAAGGCACUGUAGAUCAGUGGGCUUAUAAGUCCUGGAUAUAAUCAUACAGUCUAACAAUCCAGACCCCACCACGGCCCACAGGUGUAAGGUCCAAAAUCAUUUAAGGAAGCUUUCGAUCAGUAUGUUUAGCAGUGUUUGACAUAAGGCUCAGAAAACAUCAAUCGUUUUGUAAAUUAUUUCCGAGGGUGAAAUAUUUUGCCCAAUGCUUACAGAAACUAAAUGUUCAAUAAUUAUAUUUUAGGGUAAAGCACUAAACAAAUGGCACCAUCAGCUCGAUAAUUGGGGGGGGGGGGAUAUUCAUAUCUUCGUGUUCUGCAUUAUUAACUUCUUUUGAAAUCAAUUGUUUUUAUGGUCUGUGAACACAAAUAUAUAAGAAUAUUCGCCCCCCCCCAAUUAUCGAGCUGGUGGCGCCAAUGCACUAAAUCAGGCUCAUUAUUUCCUGCUGGAAGAACUGAAAGCUCUGCAUUUUACACAGAUAGCAAAUUUGUGUAAGAUGUUUGCUGACAAUACAAGACAGCACAACAUGCUACAUACCAUGCAGCAAGAUGGUGGUCAACCAACAGUUAUAAAGGCAGACACACACCAGACACGAUUCGACGACACAGCAUGAUUUUUCAGUUUUUGAAGUUAAUAAAACAGCCAAUGAAAAGAAAUAUGUAGACCAAAUAACUCAAAAUGUUAUUGCACUUAGAACUAAAUAUUUGGAAAACAUAAACCAGGAUCAAAGGAAAAAUUGUGCCACAUUGUCAAAUUGCAUCUUGACCUUAAGAGUAAGAUUAUGUAACUGUUAAUUUAUUUAUUAUAUGCAAUAGUCUUGUAUUUGGAGUGUCAGAAACAGAAUUGAGGGAUAUAGUUCAGUUUUCUUGCUCCUAAUUAAAUCAAUCAACAUGAUGGGUUGUUCCAAAAAAAGAUCCACACCCCCCGCAAAGAGGAAAUCUCUGCCACCCAAAGGGAGAGGCAAGAAAAAUUUGUUUCCGAUAAUAUCCGAAGGGACAUCCGAAGGGGGUAGGUGGGUUAACUUUCAAUUUCCUCUGUGGAGGUAGUAUGGAUAUUUUCUGGAAUACGACCAAUUUCCAAAGUUAAGCACUAUCUGUUGCCUUUAACAGGAACUGGCCAAUUCUAAUUAGAACUAAAUAUUAAUUUGAAACUAUCACUUUACCUUCAAGAACAAAAUUCCGAAAAAGAACGAUCGUCAAAAACGUCAAGCACUUAUGGCCGCACCAGUUCCACAUUUUAUGGCCGGAGUCCCGGGACCUGCAAUGCAUCCUCCCAUCCUUGCUGGCUUUGCCCCCGCAAUUGCCCCCGCUUCUCUUGCAGCAGCCCCAUUGGCAAUGACUAGUCCCUAUGUACCAUUUCUCCAUCAACCUAUGGCACUCCCAGCAAUGCCUCAAGUUGUUCCAAUUUCAGCGGCAGGACAACCUUUAAGUAAGUUGUUCAACAUUAAACCAUACUAGUUUUCUUUUGCAUCUUCAUACUUGAAAUGGACCACAGAGUACACCCUACCAGAACGUAUGUCACUUUGGCUAUAGAGCCUCGUUUUCAUGCAUCUGAUAUUAGUGAAAGGCCACGUCUCAAUCACAAAAGCGAGGCUCUAUACCAAGGUGACAUAAUUUCUGGAAGCAUGGAUUAAGUCUGCAACGAGAUGAAUGAUUGAUGACGAUGGGAUUCAAAGGACAAAGAGAUUUUCGACAUGUUGGAUGAUAUUUGCAUAUUAAUUUGCAAACAAGCAAAAUGUGUUUUAAUAAUAUGGUUUUUAUACCUUAUCUAGGCACUAUUUCACAACAUAAUUCGCCUUACCUUUUAAAAUAAUCACUAUUCAACACUUUGUAUUAAACUUUCAGCACAAAUGAGCACAUUUAUUAGUACAAAAUUAAAUAUUCAUUUAUAAAAAUUUCGAGAAAAAUUUUUAAAAAUAAUCGUCGCCAUUCCGAACAUUUUCCCGCCUUCCGGCCUUCGCUAAGCAACCAAGCCUUCUUCUCGUAAUAUCUCGUUCCUAGACCUCUGAGCCAGAAAUUGAAGUUUGAAGCUCUGGAGCAAGCAAUGAAAAUUAAAGUUUCACCUUCAAACUGUCGCGCGAAUUUAAUUUUGAUUUGUCAAAGCUGUCAGCCAGUUGUCUGCCUACUACGGGGGGAAACCUAAACUAAACUAACUUUUAUUUAUGCUGGAUAGCUCUAUCAGUUCUGCCAGUGUUCUUCCUAGAGGUCCAGUAAGGAUCAUCUCUUAUUGAUCCAGUGUUACUACAGGAGGAAACCUAAACAAAAUUUAUUUAUACUGGAUAGCUCUAUCAGUUCUAAACUGUUCUUACUAGAGGUCCAGUAAGAAUCAUCUCUUAUUGAUCUAGUGUUACUACAAGAGGAAACCUAAACUAACUUUAUUUAUACUGCAUAGCUCUAUCAGUUCUAAACUGUUCUUCCUAAGACUGAGGUGAAAUUAUAAUGAGACAACAGCAUAUAUUGCAGGAAUUAAACCCCCGGUCCCACAGGUGUGAAAUACACGUGCCCUAACUACAGUGACACCAACAUACCCAAGAUUUUAAAACAUUUUCUAUUUCUUCAGCUGCACAAGGACUGAGCAUACCUAUACAGCACGCGGGACCAGCAGGAGUUUUUCCAAUGGGAAAGUAAACGAAGUCGUUUCAAGGAACACGUCAUGGACGUUGUAAAAAUAUGGACAUGAAAUCGAACAUUUAACUUUUUGUAUACGACGACAUAUGUAGAUAUAUCACCGCGCGUGGUUAGGAUCCUAGGUUGGCCAAUAAUAAUGUAAUAUGUUGGAGGACUAUUUUAGGAGUAGGACAAAAUUUGUUAAACGAGAAAGCUAGAUUUGUUAAAAAUUAACUGUGAACAUUUGUUGUAUAUUUGAAUGUAUUUCGUUUUGAUGCUUGUGAUGUUAUAUUCUGAAUGUAUAUCCACACCGGGCAAGCUUGAAAAAUAUGCCUGGCCACGGUGGGAAUCAAACCAACGACCUUUGAAAUACUAGCCCAAUGCUCUGCCAACUGAGC